GGUUGAUAUUCUAUACUACAUACAGGUGAUAUAUAUAUACACAGUUCUCAAGACGGUAAGCUAGGUUGCAGGAAUGGAUGAAUCAAAAGAUCCCGACAGAAACAGAUGUGUGAAGAAUAAUAUUACUAAUGUUAAAACAACAGAUACGUUGAUAACAUGGAACUCAAAUGGUGUUAAAACAACAGAUACGUUGAUAACAUGGAACUCAAAUGGUGUUAAAACAACAGAUACGUUGAUAACAUGUAACUCAAAUGGUGUUAAAACAACAGAUACGGUGAUAACAUGUAACUCAAAUGGUGUUAAAACAACAGAUACAGUGAUAACAUGUAACUCAAAUGGUGUUAAAACAACAGAUACAGUGAUAACAUGUAACUCAAAUGGUGUUAAAACAACAGAUACAGUGAUAACAUGUAACUCAAAUGGUGUUAAAACAACAGAUACAGUGAUAACAUGUAACUCAAAUGGUGUUAAAACAACAGAUACAGUGAUAACAUGUAACUCAAAUGGUGUUAAAACAACAGAUACAGUGAUAACAUGUAACUCAAAUGGUGUUAAAACAACAGAUACGGUGAUAACAUGUAACUCAAAUGUAGUUAAAACAGUCUCCAAUAUUCUAAAUGACCAAGUGUAUACGAAUGGUGAUUAUAAGGAAAUCAAAAUCCAGGAUGAAAGAGAUUCGUGUAAAAAGGAAGAAGAGGAACCCAGGAAGAAACUGGAUUCAGAAGUUGGACGAUUUGUAGAGUUAUUAAAGAAGAAACGUAUACAAGAGAAAUUGGUGUAUGUGAUAUCUCUAACCACUAUAGUUAUACUGGUUCACGGUCUCUUCUCUGUUCAAUGGUUAUUACCAUAUUAUUAUACCAUUACUACACCUAUUCUACUACUCAUCAGAAUUAUCAUAUAUUGGGGUUAUAAAUGGCAAUAUUUUUUGAUAGAUUUCUGUUACUAUGGAAACAUAAUGUGGUAUUCCUUUAUAUGGAUGGCACCACAUUAAGCUGAACUGUUUAUUAUCUGUUUCAGGGUGGCACCACAUCAAGCUGAAUGAUUUAUUGUAGUGUUUGCGUUGGCUAAUGGACCCAUGGUGUGGGCGAUGGUAGUAUUCAGGAAUUCUUUAGUUUUACACUGUAUCGAUAAAACUACCUCGGUUUAUAUCCAUCUAUUACCAGCUCUACUCUCUUUUGUAUGGCGAUUGUUAAUAUAUAAUAUAUUCAACUGGUUGUUUUGUUUGAUAUGCUUUACCAUGACAGUCAUAUGGUAUAACUAUUUUAUCGCUCACUGUGUCUUUCUUGGCGCCAUGUUUUUAAUCGUGUCCUAUAAUGACGCCAGUUUUUAUAUGGACGUGUUCAGUGUCCGAGCAGAAAUAUUUAAAUGAAAAACAAAUUAACUAAAAAGUUCAAGUUUUAAAAAGAAUGAUUCACUGUUUGAAGUUGUUACCAUGAACAAGUUAACUAAAGACAAUAACCCAAAAAGUUCAAGUUUUAAAAAUAGAUUUCUGGUUGAAGCUUUUUAAAAUCAAUGACUUACUGAUGGAAGCUGUUUGUAAUCAAUGACUUAUUGAUGGAAACAGUUUAAAAUCAGUGGUUUGCUGAUGGAAGCUGUUUAAAAUCAGAGUCUUGCUGAUGGAUGUUGUUUAAAAUCAGUCUUGCUGAUGGAUGUUGUUUAAAAUCAGUGGCUUGUUGAUGGAAGUUGUUUGGAAUCAAUGACUUACUGAUAGAAGCUGUUUGAAAUCAAUGACUUUCUGUUGGAAGUUGUUAAAAAAAACCCAAGAACUUACUGUUGGAAGUUGUUUAUCAUACCACAGGUCGUCAGGCUAACAAUGGCGGAUCUAGAUGUGGGUCUCUAACACCCACCCCGCUCACACUAAAUAACAGUAUACAAAAUUACAUUUAUUAGUAUGAUUCUAUGAAACGUGAAGUGUAAAAAUUUGAAACUGUUUGUAUGGCGAUGUUGUAAAUGAUGAAAUUUGAAAUGUUUCUAUGGCUAUAUUUUUGAUGAUGAAAUUUGAACUGUUUCUAUGGCGAUGUUGUAGAUGAUGAAAUUUGAACUGUUGCUAUGGCAAUGUUGUUGAUUAUAAAAUUUGAAAUGUGUGUUUGACGAUGUUGUUGAUGAUGAAAUUUGAUAUUAAAUCUCGGAGUUGGACCUCCAAAUCAAAUACCCUGCCUCCGUCACUAACUAGGGGUAACCAUGGGAAACUCUCCCUUUAUUGUGCAAUAUAUUUAGCGGUCGUAUUUAAACGUACAGUGUAAACCCUCUUUAAGCGGACCAUUUAUACAUAUGCUUUAAGCGGACAGUAUAUACCUCUUUUAAACGGACAGUAUAAACCUGAUACUUGAUGUUUUAAAGGAGCUAUGGUUGAAUCAAACCUGUCAGUCCAUGUGUAUUCUAGAGAAAUCAAUUGUUUAACUAAAUUCCCUUAAUGAUUUAUACCAUAAUAAACUGUUGAGUUGGUCUGUUUUGAUGAGGAGCUCGGUGUUGGCAGAGAAAGUUGAUCAUGAUUUAGAAAACUCUGUCAUUUCUACUUCUAUGUAUACUAAACCAUAAAACAGUUAUUUCAUUAUAUUCUGGUUCUUUUUUCGUUAUGGUCUAUUUUUUUUGUAAGAUCUAGUUGUAUUUUGUUAGUUUUUGUUUUCUCUGAACUCGUCUUAAGACGAUUGCUAAUAUAAAUCUGUAUACCAUUCAUACACCUUUAUCAGUGAUGUGAAACAUUUCUUCAAAACUGGUUGGAUUAAGAAAAAGAAGGUAUGUAACCAUAUUUGUAUCUUUUAUAAGUAUCGAUGUCUUAUCUCGCAUAUUCAACGUGACCAGACAAUAAAA